AUGGAGCCAAUUUCAAUGGCCAUCGGGAUUGUUCCUCUAUCUAUGCAGCUAGUCAAAACGAUAAUCACUAUCAAGGAGCUGGUCAACGACCACAGAUCGGCGGCAAAAGAACUGGAUCACAUUUGUCGCAAGCUUGAUAAGCUUGAAGAUGUCUGCAAACUUCUGAACAUAGCUCUAUCGGAGGCUAGUGGUUCGUCCUUUACAAUUGGGCAGUCUGUUAUGUUCGAUAACCUCCAAUGCACCAUUAAAGAGUGCUGCGUCGAAGUAUCCCAUGUCUACCAGGAAAUCACAAAGAUCUCUAGAAAUCUCAGCAAGACUCGCAGUCCCUUCAGAAGCACGGGCUACAUACUUCUCAACUACAGACUUCCGAGGGUGCUCAUGAUAUCCAAUCGUGGCAGCGACUUCGGCAUCAGUGUCCGGAAGGCCUUUGAGUCAGACAAUAUACAAGCGAUUGUCGGGUUCUUCAGCCAAGGUCUCCUCACGACCGCCACGAUAGUCACGUAUACUGAAUAUAAUCCUGAGGACGAAGCAUCCUUAUUGGGCCUCGCCAUAUCAUUUAAAUCUCGCAAGGUUCUCAACUUUUUGAAGGAUCAUAUGGAUUUUAGCGAAGAAAGAAACCAUGUAGCCCUUUUAGACUUUCCAUGUCGAUGGCCCAAGACAGACGAAGGCUUCUCAUGCAUUCUCGACUACAUCCAUAUGCGCAAGAUGCAAAUGACCCUGGAGGAGUUCCGCCGCUUUUUCCAUUGCCACGAAGCUCGCCAUAUGAUAGCUUAUGUAGAAGCCUGUCGACAGUAUUUUCUUGACGAUUUGGAGGGCUUCAAUGAUGUCGUUUUGAGACAGGUCAGCUAUAUGUUUGGCUUAGUUUCAAUUUAUCAGACGUCAAGUUCUCCGAUUGAGAACUGGGCAUCCCUACUUGCAAACGCGGUCCCACGCGGUCGGGACUUGAUUACCAGCUCUGAAUGCCAUUUUAAAAGCACUCUCUGGUUUAUUCAGCAAUAUUCCUUCAACUCUGAUGCUGCUUGGCAAAGUCUCUGCCGUUGGAUUGACAUCUUGGAGUUGGCUCAGGUUGAUGUAUCAAAUUGCCUAAGGGUUGCUAUAAAAAGGUCUUUCAAGAACUGGGCCGACACUCAAAUUUGCGACGAGGGCAUUGUUCGAAGAAUCCCUCGCUGA